AUGCGAUUCAGGAGCUAUUUCCAGCCAAGCGUUGUACAGCGGGCGCCGAAUCGUUACGAAAAGCUUGCUGGCGAGAAACAAAUGGUGGUACAGCCAGAUUUGGUUGAGAAACGAGGGAAUAUCGACAAUAUGUACAUGAGGGUGAAAAGGCAGUUCAUUGAUCAACUUCGUGAAGCUGAAUUGCCAUCCGAUCGAGAGACACCAGAGAAGGCACAGACUAUACCGACAGAGAAAAAGAUAAAAUUCAAUGAUGAAAAAUGCAUCAUGUUUGAAACGAAUGAUGAGCCAACAAUCGACGAUAUUGAGGACGCUGCAGCUGAAACAGAAAAAGAUCUCUAUUAA